GCUUUUGACAACUCCUCAAUGGAAUAACCUUAUUUGCUACCUAUGCAAGCAGCUGGAACAUAUAAAGAGAAAUUAUCCUAAUAGUUUUAACAUUCUAAGUAAUAGCCAAAAUUAUCAAUACAAUCAAACUACAGAAAGUAACGUACCAAGUCCUACCCACCUAAUACAACCAACCGUUAAUGUUACUCCGCCAAUAGCAAAGAAGCUGAAGGAUCCAAUUAUUGUGGAAGAAAAAAAUGAGGACAUUGAAUUGAACUAUGUGAGUAGAUCCGAAAAGAGAGCUACAGCAUUGUAUUGUGAUGCAUACAUUAAAAAUAUGAAAAUUCCGUUAAUAAUUGACUCUGGUUCUGCUGGAUGCAUAAUUUCCCUAAAGUUGCUUAAAGAUCUAGAUAUGGAGAUAACAGGAGCAGCUAAAACAAUAAUGGUUAACGUAAAUGGUGAAAAAAGAAGACCCUUAGGAUGUUACAGGUAUUUCUUUGAAGAUCUCUGA